AGAUCAUCAACUCAACCAUUUGACGGUAAAGAUAUCUUAACAAUGGCGCCAGAACUCAGGAAAAGAAAGGCCAAAGAAGUUGCCGUGUCGGUUGCGAAGCCUGCAACUAAAGGCAAAGCGGAUGCUCCAGCUACCAAGCGGAAAGCUGCCGAUGAUGCAAGCCCGGUCGCAGCAAAGAAAUCCAAGCCUGUCAAAGACGACUCUCGUUCGAAGAAGGUUAAAGCCAAUCGAUCAACAGAGACGAAGCCCCCCAAGAGCUCGAGAUCCGCCAAAGUGAACAAGAAGGAUGAGGAAACCGUCGAGAGCGAGGACGGUGAUGCGCAAUCUUCAGAUGACGAGAAGGAUAAUGCCAAGGCUCUCGCGAAAAUCGUUGACAGCGAUGAUGAAGAUGCUGUAGUCGAUACCGACGCUGCAUUUAAGGAAGGCCAAGAUGUAGGCGAAAUUCCGAAAGAAUCUAAGGAAUUGCUCAAGUCCUCUAAGUCUGGAGAUGAUGAGCAUGGCGUUGUAUACAUUGGCCGCCUGCCGCACGGUUUCUACGAACAUGAGAUGCGUUCAUACUUUUGCCAAUUCGGCACCAUUGAGAGAAUCAGAAUGUCUAGAAACAAGAAGACAGGCGCCAGCAGACAUUUCGCCUUCAUCGAGUUCACCGAAGCGUCAGUUGCAGAGGUUGUCGCGAAGACGAUGGACAAUUACCUACUGUUCGGCCGAAUACUGAAAGUCAAGGUCGUCCCCAAGUCCCAGGUUCAUGAGGACCUCUGGAAGGGUUCGAACAGACGCUUCAAGAAGGUACCUUGGAACAAGAUGGCUGGUAAUAACCUGAAGAAGCCGCUGUCAGAGUCAACUUGGACCCAGAAGAUCACGAAGGAAGAGCAGAAGCGCGCCGAACGGGCAAAGAAAUUGCAGGAUAUAGGUUAUGACUUCGAAGGACCUAAGAUCAAAUCCGUUGACGAAGUAGAGAAGGAUGCUCAUGCUAUUGAAGGUGCCGAGGAUGAGGCACCGAAAGCUAUCGAGGCAGCUCCCGAGGAUGUUGCAAUGGAAGAGGAAGUGAAGGAUGACAGCAAUGAUGUGCCAGCUGUUAAGGAGCCUGCUACGAUAAGCAAACAAGGUGCUGCUAAGUCGAGCAAAAAGGGGAAGAAGUCAAAGGCGAAGAAGGCUACUGCAUGAGUUUAAGGCGUUCACUAUAGGUCUACGAUGAGUUAAUGAUAUACCGCUGCUAAGAAGCAUCAUACCACUUGAAUAAUUCGAUGGAUAUAUCUAUGAACUCC